GCUUAGACUCCACUGAUGUCGUGGCGCUGUAGGGGCAGAAGUUGGUGUUUCGCCGGGCCCUGGUCCUGAAGACGUGGUCCGGGCCACCCCUGAGCCCUUCCUACCCCUUCGCCCGCCUUUCCCUCCCCUUUCUGGCAGGAUGAGGCGUGCAGGCCUGGGUGAAGGAGUACCUCCCGGCAACUAUGGCAACUAUGGCUAUGCUAAUAGUGGAUAUAGUGCCUGUGAAGAAGAAAAUGACAGACUCACUGAAAGUCUGAGACACAAAGUAACUGCUAUAAAAUCUCUUUCCAUUGAGAUAGGCCAUGAAGUUAAAACUCAAAAUAAAUUAUUAGCUGAAAUGGAUUCACAAUUUGAUUCUACAACUGGAUUUCUAGGUAGAACUAUGGAAAAACUGAGGAUUUUAUCCAGAGGGAGCCAAACAAAGCUGAUGUGCUAUAUGAUGCUGUUUUCAUUCUUUGUCUUUUUUGUCAUUUAUUGGAUUAUUAAACUGAGGUGAUGUAAGUAAGUGUGAGUUUGGAAUUUGUUCCAACUUAAGUGGCUUGGGGUACCAUUUUGGUAAAAAAAUCAGCAUCAGAACAUUCCUAAUUUUCACAUACUAUGGCUUUUUCCAUGGAAGAUUACUGAAUUUUACUUGUUUUAUAAAUCACAGGUAAUACAGUGCUCUUUGAAUACUGUUUGUUAAUGAAUCAUUUUUGCCCCUAUUUUAAGGGGUAUUGAGAUGGCCAAAAGUUAGUCCAGCCCUAACAAUUGUCUUUCUAUUGUUUCCUGUCAGAUUAAACAGCAGUAUAGUAUUCUGUCAUUACCGUAAACGUAGGUUUCCAUGCCACAUGGAGAAACUUGGUGGGAGAAUAAUUGAAUGGAGAGCCUGUCGCUGAGCCCUUGGGGUGGUGACCAAGAUUGGGAUGGAGUGAUAAAUAUAUUUUCCUGAGCAAACACCAACUCUAAUGAUGUAGUACCUUUCCUCCUUCAGUUGGUUAAAUUAGAUUUCUUUUUACCUACAAUUUUUUCUAAUAAUUUUUGACUAUAUGACUCCUUUUCCCCCUUUGCCUAAGGACUUCAUGCUUUAAUAAAGCUUGUUAUUUUGGCAUAUUUCUUGUAGGGUACAAAACAAAUGUGAACUGGUAUAAUUGUUAUUUUAUAUUAACUUUAUACAUACCAUUGACUUGGCUUAAAAUAGUUUUAUGAUUUUAGCUAUUUAGGCCAUUUGGUUAUCAUUUGUGACAGAAUAAUGUGAAGCUAAAGUAAUUGCUAAGCUCUGAAUGGAAAUAACAUGUUCAAGAAAAUUAAUUGCCUCUGCUUUAUUAUGUGCUCAAAAUAGAUGAUUGAAAGUACUCAGCAUUGAACUUGGGGUUAAGAGUAUUGUUGCUUUAAUCCAGUAUAUUUGUUUAUAGAAAGCAAAAUAAAGGUGGAAUGUUGAGUAUAAAGAAAUAUAAAAAUGUUCUUAAAUAUUCUGUAUUGCUACCAUUUUGGAAUUUACUCAUUUAUAAACACUAAAAAUAAAUUUUUAAUGAAAUAGAUUAA